CGAGCAUCAACAUACAGCAUAAACGCAAAGGUAAACACGAGUGUGUCAGUGUGUGAGUGACAGCAUAGCCAAAGAAGCGCGAAAGUAAGACGAUGGCCGAUACCGCAGCAACCGAAGUACCGACUGCAGCAGCAGCUGCCCCAGCAACCGUGGCCAAGUCGCCGAAGAAGCCCAAGGCGGCAGGCCCCAAGAAGCCGAAGCAGCCGGCGGCCCAUCCUCCGGUGAACGAGAUGGUGCUGGCCGCUGUGAAGGCACUGAACGAGCGCAACGGAUCGUCGCUGCAGGCGAUCAAGAAGUACGUGGCGGCCAACUACAAGGCCGACGUGACGAAGCUGGCCACCUUCUUCAAGAAGGCGCUGAAGAGUGGUGUCGCCAGCGGCAAGCUGGUCCAGACCAAGGGCACCGGAGCGUCGGGCUCGUUCAAGCUGUCGGCCGCCGCCAAGAAGCCCGUGGUAGAGAAGAAGAAGAAGGCAGCGGCACCGAAGAAGUCUGCGUCCGCCGGGGAAAAGAAGAAGAAGACCGCGGCCAAGAAACCGGCCGGUGAGAAGAAGGCAGCCGCCAAGAAGACCACCAAGAAGGCAGAGGGUGCCGUAGCCAAGAAGCCAAAGACGGCCGCUGCCAAGAAGCCCAAGGCCGCCGACGGUGCGAAGAAGGCCGCCAAGAAGCCAGCAGCAGCACCCAAGCAGAAGGCUACGAAGCCAACCAAGGCCGCAGCCGCCAAGCCGAAGGCACCGAAGCCAAAGAAGGCCGCAGCUCCCGCUAAGAAGGCCGCUGUCCCGAAGAAAGCCGCCGCACCGAAGAAGGCAGCCGCCCCGAAGAAAGCCGCGGCCAAGAAGUAAAGGGCUACUACUACAUCGUGACGCUGUUCCGGGCGCUCUAGUCCUGCAGUUCCAUCGUUCAUGCAACAGUCCUUUUCAGGACUACCAAACGAUUCAGAAAAGAUAUUGGUUUUCAAUUUCCUUCUACCUAUAUAAUAAGGCAGAUGAAUCGAGUCACAAGUCUCGAUCAUAUGUCAUGAUCUAUCUCUCAGGUCGUAUUGCAGAUUGCGCAACUAUUCUAUGUAGAAUUCUGAGGAAUGAAAGCAUUCUUCACCCAUUUUGGUUCGGAUUAGCUUGAGCUAUCUGGCCUCCUUGACAUCAUAUUUGCCCAGAGGGAGAAGCUCAUCUUGAGAUUAAUUUACCUGGAUUGGCAGGUCUAGAACUCAAGAUAGAACUGUAUCAGAUACCCGGGAUACCCAGACUCCCCAAGUACACCCAGAGUUCAAUGAUGGUUUUGAAAUGUUGCUAGCCAGACUUACUGGGCUUGCGAAGCCGUCAAUGAGUACCGUUCAUGAGUCUUCUAGAACUCCAAGUACUGAGUCAUCGAUCUUAGAGAUUCUGAUGAAGAACCAUUGGGAAACGUCUACAAGACAUUCCAGAUACGAUUUGGCAUACCGGUGGCAUAGGCAUAAUUUGUUUACAUCGGAUAUCAGGAUUAGGUCUGUGACCAGAAUCCUUAGCAAACGAUGACCUCACUGCACACCGCUACAGGGUAACAAGCUUGACUUACGCACACUAUGUUCUUGCACGGGUAAAAGAAUUACUUGUUUGGAAAAGCCUGACUCAUUCCACUGUUAUGAUCGUAUUUUACCUGUAAUCGAGCAUAACUACCUGUACACUACAGGUCUCAGCAUGUAACGAAUAUGAGGUAUCAUACAACAUGCUAUCUAUUUUGUAAGGGUAACCCACCCACGAGGAAGAGUUCCAGUUCCUCUUAGUUCGAGAGGAAGAUGCUCAGAAGAAUUUUUGGCCCCGUAUAUGUGGAAGGACAAUGGAGAAGCCGCUACAAUGACGGGCCGUACGUCCUGUACGAUUAUCUCACCAUCGUGCAGCGAAUUAGACUCGCCUGGCUCCGGUGGACUGGCCACGUCAUGAAAAUGACACCUGACGACCCUGUCCGUAAAGUCCUUCUAGGCCGGCCACACGGACAGAGGAGGCGUGGUAGUUUCAAGCUGAUAUGGAGUGAUGGGGCUUAUGCAUAAGCCAAAUAGGUCGGGAUAAUUGAUUGACAGACUAAGGCGCUGAACCGUGAGCGGUAUCGAGGAUUGUUGCAGCAGACCAAGAACGCGAAGCGGUUGUAGCGCCGGAUAAGUAACAGCUCAGUUAGCUCGUGAUUAAUUCUAGUUCUCCACACGCCCUGCUCGUGCGCCCUCCACACGCCCUCCACAUGGCGUAUUUCGUGCGUUGUAGGAGUCGUCUUGAUCUUAGGAGCCCGUAGUAGGCACGAUUUCCCUGAACUAUCCGAAGUUACGAUUGUAUAAAGUCAACAGAAAUCCAUCUUGAAAUCGACGCCGGAUACUGGUAUUUUACUUCCGAAGCAGGCUCUAUCACUAUCAAGAAAAGCUCUAUCACUAUCUAUCAAGAAUGAGUGGUAGAGGAGCAUAGUAGAUUCAUAAAUAAAUUAGUUUCAUAAACAAAGGAA